CACUAGUCACAGUCUGGCCAAAAAUAGCACUCACUGUCACCCCCUCCACUCUCGUCCCCGAUGCAAGCUCUCAAGCUUUCCCCGGUCUCUGCUUCGAGUUCUAGCCUUCCGACGAAGACUCUCAAUUCUGCGCCCGCAUUCUUCAAUAGCAACUUCUUGUGCCCCAUCUCCUUCAAUGUCCAACCCCUAAAACCCAAAUCUAAGCCCUGCUCAACCUCCCUCGUAAAAGCAGUGCUCCAAUGGAACAGAAAACCCCAGUUGGCCGGCGAAACUCCUCGCGUCGUCGUCAUCACUUCCGGCAAAGGUGGCGUCGGCAAGACCACCACUACCGCCAAUAUCGGACUUUCACUUGCCCGUCUCGACUUUUCUGUCGUUGCUAUUGACGCUGAUGUUGGGCUUCGGAACCUCGAUCUCCUUCUCGGCCUCGAGAAUCGAGUUAACUACACUGUUGUUGAAGUCCUCAACGGCGAUUGCAGGCUUGACCAAGCUCUCGUGAGAGAUAAGCGAUGGUCAAAUUUUGAAUUGCUCUGUAUAUCCAAACCCAGGUCUAAACUGCCGAUUGGGUUUGGUGGAAAAGCCUUGGUUUGGCUCGUGGAUGCCUUGAAGUCGAGGCAGGAAGGUUCACCAGAUUUCAUUAUAAUUGACUGUCCUGCAGGGAUUGAUGCGGGGUUCAUAACUGCCAUAACCCCAGCCAAUGAGGCAGUUCUGGUUACCACACCAGAUAUUACAAGCUUGAGAGAUGCUGAUAGAGUCACGGGAUUGCUCGAAUGUGAUGGAAUUAGGGAUAUAAAGAUGAUUGUGAAUCGGGUUCGGACGGAUAUGAUCAAAGGGGAGGAUAUGAUGUCCGUGCUUGAUGUUCAAGAAAUGCUAGGAUUGCCUCUUCUGGGGGUGAUUCCUGAGGAUGCCGAGGUGAUUCGGAGUACAAAUAGAGGGUACCCGCUAGUACUGAAUAAACCCCCAACUUUGGCCGGUUUGGCCUUUGAGCAGGCGGCAUGGAGGCUUGUAGAGCAGGAUAGUAUGCAGGCAGUGAUGGUUGAGGAGGAGCCAAAGCGUGGGUUUUUCUCCUUUUUAGGCUGGGGUUAGAAUCUGGUUUGAGAAUUGCAAGCUUUGAGAUAGAUUGGUUUGUCAUGAUAUUUUGGCGUUUCAGGUUUUGUGGUAAAGCAAGUGUUUUUUUAGCGGCGAUUAUUUGUUUUAGAUGUAGGUAGAAGGAGGAAGCUACGUACAGCGGGGCUAGUAAAGCUUAACUUUCUUCAUUUUCUUCACCAAGCAUUUCUUCAGUUUACUGGUAAAUUUAUAGUAUCAUUGUCAGGAUUAGUGUCUGAAACUCAUUUGCAGGCGUUUAGAUUCUUUUUGUUGCCAUUCUAACAAGUUAUUGGUGGUUCACUGAUAAAUUUCUACCUGAUCGGUGAAUCUAGUUUAGUUCUCCUCUACUAUGUUUGGCAUGUUGCAUUAUUGAUCCUCUGCUGGCACGAGUAAUUUCCUUCUAUUUAGGAAUAAAGCUACGACUCUUUAUCUGAUUAUAGGCUUUAAAAGUUUUCUCCUUCCCGAGGAAACUGCAUAAAUGACGCGCUCUUCAGUUCUUCAUUUGGCCCUUCCUGUGGAAACUGCAUUCUUAGCACAGAAGUAAAGAUGAUUGUCAUAUAUAUAUUUUCAGCGCAAGGAUAAAAAGAAAAUUAUUUCAGCGGUUUAAGUGGACAAAUUACAAGCAACAUGAUAAAGUUCCAUUUAUUGUGGAAGGUUGUGAAAGUGUUUCAGCUGCAACUUCAUUGUUCUAAAUGAAGAGAAAAGGGAAAAAAAAAAAAACUGUUUACCAUCAACUGUGGGGUUAGUGAAGCUUAUCUUUACUCUCUAGCUUUUCGUUGAGAUCAACUCAAACCGUAUUGCGGUCUUUAGUGCCAUUGUAGCAUGUGAUGUUAGGUUCAACGUUGAUUCUUUACCAAGCCUGUGAAACCUUUUUUUCUUCCUUUUUUGUUUAGUUCUGCAAUGUUUGUUACUUGUAGCUCAAUUGUCAGAUUUAUAGUAAUAUUCCAUAUUUUAUUGAGUGAAGUGUAUAAAAUUUUACACUGGUUUCAGUGGUUUCUAACCCAUCUGUUAUUAUUGUAAAGGUGAUGAACCUCCUUUUGGACGGUUAAAAGGAUAUACAAGAUAUAUUGCAAGGAUACAGGUUUGAGUA